AAUGGCAGAGGCAGCUAGUGACAACACGCAACCUCUUAAGUAUUCUAUCCAUAAAUUCUCAACUUAUUCUUCCAACUAUGUCCCAGAAAAUAUCCUCGAAGACAAGCCAAAUGACCAGGCAUCUCGGUGGUCAUCUGAUUCUAACAACCCUCCACAGUUCCUUAUCUUGAAGCUAGAACAACCUGCUGUUCUCAAGACCAUAACCUUCGGCAAGUAUGAAAAAACUCACGUAUGCAAUAUUAAGAAAUUCCGUGUAUAUGGUGGACUCUCAGAUGACAACAUGAUACUCUUACUGGAAAGUGGUUUGAAGAAUGAUACAGUUCCUGAGACAUUCCUAUUAAAACACACAGUCUCAGGUCACCAGUUUCCCGUCCGAUUUGUAAAGAUUGUUCCACUCCAGUCAUGGGGAUCUACAUUCAACUUUAGUAUUUGGCAUGUGGGCCUCCGUGGUUGUGAUGACUGGACGGUGGUGCAGAAGUGUAUCAACUGGUAUACAACAUAUCGGGAACGAGAAGCUAUUCGACUCUGCCUGAAGCAUUUCCGUCAACACAACUACACCGAGGCGUUUGAGUCUCUUGAGAAACGAACGCGGGUCACGUUAGAAGAUCCUCGGUUAACACAACUACAUAAACUACUUGUGGAUGAGGGAGACUUUGAUGCCUGUGAAGAACUUAUUGGUCAAGCUGCUCAGGAGGGACUGUUCCAACAAUAUAUCAGCCAGCAGGAAUACAAGCCACAGUGGACACCUAUCAUUCCUUGUCCCGGAGGGGCUGCCAGUAGUCGUCAGCGGCCAGGAAUGAGAGGCGGACAUCAGAUGUGCAUCGACACCAACACUCAGACAAUUUACCUGUUUGGUGGAUGGGAUGGUAUGCAGGACCUGAGUGACCUAUGGUCUUACCAUAUACCAUCCCAGGAGUGGACAUGUAUCACCAGAGAUACUCAAGCUGAGGGUGGUCCAAGUGCUCGUUCCUGUCACAAGAUGUGCUUGGAUCCUGAGCGUCGGCAAAUCUUUACUCUAGGCCGUUACUUGGAUUCCGUGUUACGUGUCCCAGAGAACUUGAAAAGUGACUUCUAUAUGUAUGACAUCGAGAACAACAAGUGGACUCAAGUAACUGAAGACACCGCUUCACUGGGAGGUCCACGGCUCAUCUUUGAUCACCAGAUGGUCAUGGAUGUUGAGAAGCGGAUUAUAUAUGUCUUCGGGGGACGUGUCCUCACCCCCUCAAGAUGGGAGGGGUGCGUUGGGGGGCUGGGAUUGGAUGAGCUCCGCAGCAGUCCCUACACUCCAAGUGAAGCUAUUUUCUCCGGUCUGUACGCAUACCAUGUAUCUACAAAUACCUGGACCAAGUUGAGAGAAGAUUGUUCUGGUAACUCUUCUGGUCCUCAGGACAUCAAGUCUCGCAUAGGUCAUUCUAUGCUGUUUCAUAGUGGAAGUCGUCAGCUGUUCAUCUUGGCUGGGCAACGAAAUAAGGAAUACUUGACGGAUUUUUUUAUGUAUAAUAUAGACACGGAUACAGUUAGUUUCAUAAGUGAUGGAACACGCAAGGACUCGUCAUCUGUACCUGCUGCUGGAUUUACUCAGAAAGCUACCAUAGAUCCCCAUCUUAAUGAGAUUCACGUGUUAUCGGGCCUUAGUAAGGACAAGGAUAAACGAGAUGAAAAUGUUCGCAACUCAUUCUGGGUUUAUGAUAUAUCUCAAAAUAAAUGGUCAUGUAUAUACCGCAAUGAACAAACUGGAGAGUCAUAUUGGAGUAAAAUGCAACAUGUGGAGCCUUGCCCUCGAUUUGCCCACCAGCUUGUCUAUGAUGAUACGAAAAAGGUUCACUACUUAUUUGGCGGCAACCCGGGAAAAGCCUCUCUUCCAAAAAUGCGUCUGGAUGACUUUUGGUCGCUAAGGCUCUGUCGACCCUCAACACAGCAACUCCUACAUACUUGUGUCCUACUUAUCCGGAAACAUAGGUUUAGUGAAUUAGCUCGGGACAAUUCAGUAUUAGCGCUGAAGUAUCUUCAAACCAAACUCCACAGUGCUGUUGACCAUACCGACCCACAACAAGUUCUGGAAUUCCAGGCCCUAGCCACAACACUCUUUCAGCCUCAUGAAGACUUGGCCCUCAGUCACACACAUUCUUUGUCAGAAGAUGAAGACAGUAGUUCAAGCCCAUGUAGCACUGAUUUGGGAUGGCAGCACAGUACUCGUUCACAGCUGUUUGACCAGCUGACGCAGUUCUUCCCAGAACACAUGACACAGCCUAGAGGAAACUUGGUUUGGAUGGAUUGAUUUAAAAUUAGUUGGGCCUCAUCAUUACUGCAGUACAUAAUUUUAAGUCACGGGAACUAAGGUCAAGGUUACUUUAGCUAACUGACUAAGGGAUCCUUUGGGAUUUUUUCUUCCACCUUUAAAUUUCUUGCAUUUUGAAGAUAAAAAUCCACUGAUGAUAUGUCUCUAUUUUUCUAAAUCUCCAAAUUUCCAUCACUGUUACAGAUAAAGUAAUAUAAAUCACCAUUCUGUUGGAACCAAGAAACUGGUCAUAAACCUCAUAGGUGAAAGUGUUGAAAAGAUUUGUAAAUUGUGCAAUGAGAUGAAAGCUGAUCAUUAAGUCUAUGUAUUGCUCUGUUUAGUUAACUAAGUACUAUAAUUUUGUAUACCUGGAAUGCUUAGAUUUGGAAUUUUGGGAGAGUAUUUUUUUAAUGCAGUAGGUUUAUUGUGAACCACACAAAUUUUAUCAAAUAAGUGAAAGGUAUAUCAUAUGUAAUAAUAUUUGUCAAAAUCCAAGAUUUUGGUGUAUGAUAAUCCAGUUACUGUACUGGUACAUACAGUUCCUGGGGUAAAUACGUACACACGUCCUGUACACGACAGACUCGGGACAAACGUGCAGUUCCUCUCUCUCUCUCUCUGAAACUGUAAAGUUGAAUCAGGUUAUUACAUAUUUUUAUUCAUUUCACUCUUACAAAUAAUUCCAAAUAAUCCACAAUUUUCUAAUAAACCCCUGUGGGCUCCAUAAUAUGGUUCCACGUGUGCCACGAACUACAGGUUAGGGACGACUGCCCUGACUCGUGUGAAAAGUGUUUGUUCAAAAUUCUGGUACUUUAUCAGAUGGCUUUCCUCCCAUGUUAUAAUUAUGAAAGUAGGGUCAUGUUUUAAGGAGUUUAAAAAAUGUGGUUCUCUGCAGUUAAAUACUGAACUGUACUUUUCUCACUGUGGAUCUGAAGUUACCAAAUAUCAUGCUUUUGUUAGGUUUAUGACUAGUUAGCAGACUUCCUUACUAGAAGCAUCAGCUAUGUAAUAUUUUAAAUUAAGCCUUUAAUAGAUAAAAAAAAGCAAAUUGGAUACUGUAGUUAUUACUCUCAAAGCUAAAACUGGAUUUAUUUGGAUUUUGUACAAAGAGUGGCAUUCUAAUCAGAAUUUUCACAUGAUUAUUGAUCAUUAUGUUAAUGAAUAACAUGAUAAAUAAUUAAUAACUGUCCGAGAUAAAUGGUGGACUUUUGUCAUGUAGCAUAUAAGAAGAGCAGGCAACUCUUCCUUAUUUUCUGUGACCCAGUCCUUGAUAUAAGGCAUUUAACCUCACACAUUUAAUUUUACCACCAAAUGAAGUAAGAUGUAAAAUUAAUUACACUUUUGGAAUGGAACUCAGUAUGGUUUUACAAUUUUGGUAAAUGGUAAGUGAAGUGAAUGCUUUUUCUAACAUAAUGAAUGUGUACAUGCAUGUGGUGUAGUAGAGCACUGAACACCAGGUACUGUGUGAAUGCGUGAUGUACAGGUACGUAAUUUGUGUAUGCAGCAAGUGACAUAAUUUAAUUCAUCUCCUAUUUAAUUACAUUCAAAUCCUGAGCAUACCUGUCAGAAAGUGUUCAUUAUCACAUUUGUGGUUGUUUCCAAGAAAAUAAGCAUCAUUACAUCUGUCAUACCUCUGUCCAAAACAUGAAGCUGAUGCAAAUGAUUAUUGAUAAUCCAGAUGCAAAUAGAGUAGUAGUUGCUUUAUGUAUCCUUAUUAUCACCUUGUAAUAUACUGUAAAUCACAAACAAUACUCUCCAUUAUAUAAAGUUAUUUAAAGUAUGAUAUUUUGGAGGGCAACUGGUUGUUAUACAGUACAAAUAUCUCUUGUAAGUUAUUGAUGCAUUUGAAAACACCUUUGAAUCUUUCAAAGUUGUUAACGUGAACAUAAUUUCAUCAUGGAAAACUCUAUAUCUGUUUAUUAUUGGCCAAAUUUGAACAUAUUUUUGCCUCAAACCUAUUUUUUCAUAAUUUUUUUAUUAAAAAUGCUGCAUACAGUAAUUCUCUUAUGCAUUUCUUAAUAAUUUAUUGCAAAAAGUAAUAACAUAAGCAAAUCAUAGAAAAUUAAGUACUGUACUGCAUAUAGUACUCACUAAAACAAGAUGUCAUUUGAAUGCAUAAGGGAGGUAACGUCUGUUCCGGUUCGGAUGUUUAGAGUGCGCACCAUGUUUUUUUUGUUUGAUGGUGUGGUCAGGAGAGAGAGAGGUUUUCUGGUUCAUCUUCAGAUGAAGAUUUUAGUUCUUUCCAGAUACAUGCAAAACUAGUAGAAGGCUGGAGUUCAUUAAUGACUUGUUUGAGUGGUCAUGAUGGUGCACUUCUAGGAAGGAAAUACAGUACGUUAUGUUCUUGUGCUGUCCUUCUUCUCAGUACUUGGCUGAUCUUUAUAUCCCAAUAAGUUUAAGAAAACACAUGUAAGUGACCAGUAAGCCCAACCAUUUAUUGCCAUAUGAGAAAUUCAAAUGAGCACUUGCCAGUUUAUGAGGUUUUUCGAUAACUUAAGAAAAAUGGGAUAAAGUAAAAUGUUGCUAAAAUAUGAAUCGCUAAUUAAUGGGGGAUACCUGUACUGUAUCAUUUUUCAUAUAGUAAUCUGUAUGCUCUCUUAGCUCAUGUCCUAGUACUGUAUUGUGUAGUUGUGUUAUUUUAAUAAAAAUACUUUGACUUUGUUAAUCCAGGAAGGAAUAAAGGAAAGUUCAUUAGUUGUUAUUAUUUACUGUACUAAAGUUCUGUACUGAAUUUAAUGAAGUGUAAACCUUGUUUUAAGUUAAUUUGCAGUGAUUUGACAAAUAGUUUAAACUUUAGACCCACAAGGACAGUGCUUUUUGAAACUUAAACCCCCUCAUAAUGCUAUGCUUGCUGUUUUAGAAGUCACAUUACCAUAUUUUUGUCUUGGCCUUGUGCAAGCUUUUCACAGAAGUUUUAGAAUUUUUAUACGAUCUUCAUGAGCUAACCCUCAUUUUGAUUUACAUGCAAACUUGUCCAAAGCUGUACAUAUUUUGUAAAUAAAAUAGAUUACUGAA